UUAAGUGUACUUAAAUUUAAAAAAUGGGGAAACGCAACCAUCCGAGUAGUAAUAAUAUGGAUGAUUAUUAUGAGUGUAUAGAAAAGAAAGUUAAGAAAUUAAAUGAUAUGCUUAUGCGCGCUCGAUAUAAACGAACAUUAUCAUUAUCGUCGGAUUCGUCAUCAUCGGACUCGGAGAGCGCCGGAUCGUCGUCUCAACUGCGUUCACGCGCACACGAACUCUCAUCGCCUGCGCCGUUAUGUAUUCAAGACGUGCCAAUUCAAGCAAGUGAGUCCGCUGUGCCCUACGCGGUCACCGAGCCCUUGCCGUCGACCAGUGCUACAGUUGAGCCCCACCCCUCCACGAGCUGCGUCGAAGACCCACAGCCGUCUACCAGUGCCACCGUCACAUCGCCAUUACAUCACGCUUCAGCUGAAUUGGUGACGAACUCCUAA